AUGCGCCUCCUGCAGACUUUCGCGGCCUCGUUGCUGCUCACUGGCAGCUCACUAUGCGUCGGUGCUACUAGGAUUAUCGAGAAGGGUUCCUAUGGAGUGAUUACUCCUAAAGUGUUUAUUGUGUCAAUGUUCGCACCUGAAGCCGAAGCUUGGUGGAAUAUUCCCGAAUUUGACUUACUUGCCCAUAACAUCACCAUUCCCGGCCUCUCACCUCUAUUCCCGGAUGUUCACUGCACCGAAGACUACGAGGUUUGCCAGUUGAUUACCGGAGAAGGCGAGAUCAAUGCUGCUGCGACUGUUACCUCCGUUGCUUUCUCCCCUCUAUUCGAUCUCACACAAACCUACUUCUUUGUUGCGGGCAUUGCCGGCGUCAACCCUGAGAAGGUGACCACUGCUUCCGCAACUUUUGCACGUUACGCAGUCCAAGUUGCGCUGCAGUACGAAAUUGAUCUGCGUGAGCUUCCUAGCAACUUCACCACCGGAUAUGUUGCGCAAGGCACCAAUUUCCCAGGCCAGUACCCGACCAGCAUCUACGGCACAGAGGUCUUCGAGGUAAACGCCAACCUCCGCACAAUCGCCGCCAAUUUUGCGCGCAAGGCAAACCUCUCCGACUCCACCAUAGCCCAGGCCUACCGCGCCCGCUACAAGACUCCCAGUGGAAAGUACAACGCUGCCACCUUGCCCCCUAGUGUUGUUGAAUGCGAUGUCGCAACCACCGAUGUGUACUUCAGUGGCAAUAUCCUUGGUUCAGUGUUCGAAAAUACCACCAAGGUGUUAACUAAUGGAACGGGAGACUACUGUGCAACUGCGCAGGAGGAUAACGCUACCUUCGAGGUCUUGCUCCGAUCCUCGAUCCACAAGCUGACUGAUUUCUCCCGUAUUAUCGUCAUGCGCACUGCCUCGGACUUUGAUCGUCCUUAUCCCGGUGCUUCGGCGACAUACAACCUCUUCCAAUCCUCGGAGCAGGGUGCAUUCGAGCCCGCUAUCGAAAAUCUCUAUGUUGCUGGUAUCAAGGUUGUUGAGGGUAUUUUGGAAGGUUGGGAUGAGACUUUUGCUGCUGGUGUCAAGGCCAACAACUACAUCGGUGAUAUCUUCGGCUCAUUGGGUGGUGUUCCUGACUUUGGCCCUGGACGCAAGCAGGCUCUCAUCGGCGGUGGCGCUUACAAGCGCAAUGUCCAAAACCGCCUCAAGCGUCGUGUCUAA